AUGAACACGCCGUUCAUCUGCCUCCGCUGCCAAACAUGCCUGCGACCAGUUCGCCGCUUCUCCUCCUCCUCCCGCCUUCUUGACGCCCGUCCGGCAACAGGCCCCAAACCCGCCCCCAACAUCAAGCACAUCCGCGACCACGCCGGCCUCUACGCCCAAAACUGCCUCGACCGCAACUACACGGCGCUCGCCGAAUAUCCCUCGCGCAUCCAGUCACUGGCCGACGAAGCCGCCCGCCUGCAGCGCUCGCUCAACGCCCCGCGCUCCAAGAUCAAACACGUCCAAAAGGCCAUCGCCAGGCUCGCCACGAGCAAGGAGGAACAGGACAACUACAAAAACGAAGCGCUCGCGGCCCUCCACCGGGAAGCAAAGCAGCUCAAGGAUGCCUCGCAGGCGCUGACGGACCGGCGCGAGGCCUGUCUCCAGCAGAUCCAGCAGCUGGCCCUGGCCCUGCCCAACCUGACGGCCCCAGAGACGCCCGUCGGCGACACCCCCCGCGUGCGCGACUACAUCAACUACAACCCGCACUCGCCGCCGCCGUACGUGUCGUCGCCGGAGCCGGCGCGCAACCACGUCGCCAUCGGCACCGCCCUGGGCCUGCUCGACUUUGCCAGCGCCGCCACCUCGACCGGCUGGGGGUGGUACUAUCUUACAAACGAAGGCGCCCUGCUCGAGCAGGCGCUGGUCCAGUACGCGCUGCGCGUCGCCAUGCGUCGCGGCUGGAAGCCCGUCGCGCCGCCCUCGCUCGUCUACUCGUAUAUUGCCGAGGCGUGUGGCUUCCAGCCGCGCGACGCCCAACAACGAGCAGCACAUCUGGGCCAUCGAGCAGCCCGAGCGUGA